AUGGCCGACGAAUACGAAUACCUGGCGGCUGACUUCGACCUCAACUCGCUGACGGUGCCUCGCCUGCGCUCGAUCCUCGUGAACCAUGACGUGCCGUACCCUGCGUCGGCGAAGAAGGCGCAGCUGAUCCGCAUCCUACAAGAUGAGGUGCUACCCCAGGCGAGACGACUGUUGCGGGAGCGAGAGCGCGUCCGGCGUACGAGCGAGGGUAUCAUGGAUAUGGGCAGCCGGGCGAGCUCGGUGGUGAGCGACUUUGAUGAUGAGACCCGGGGGUCCCGGGCGGGGACGGCCGAUCGGGAAUCCAGACCGUCGACGACGGUCUCACGAGGCCGCUCCUCUAGACAGAGUACCCGGGCGUCUACGGCUGAGGAGGAAGGGCAGGAGGCGAGUGGCAUCCCUGCGACGCCCUCUACGGCUGGGAGACGCAGGAUGGGAGCAAGAGGGGUGCACAAGCAUCCACGGGCGUCGGAUACGGAGACGGGCGACGACGAGACCUUGCUCGCCACCCCGGUUGUGGCGAGGGACAGAACCUCGCCGCGCAAGUCGACGGCCAGGAAGCUACGCAAGAGCGAGGUCGUGCUCUCGUCGACCGAGCCGGAAUACAACCCCCCCCCGCAAGCCAAGACGGAGUCGCUCUCGCGAGACGGCUCGGUUUUCACCGAUGAUAAUCCGUUUCAGAGCGGAAGCUCGCCCACCUCCUGGGAUCACCAGCAUACCCCGCAACCCCUCAGUCACGACCGCAGGCGCAAGAGCACUUCGCGCUUCUCUACGGGCAGUCCGGGACACGCACUGCGCACCACCACGAGAAGACAACCAGACCUCUUCACCCCCGUCAAGCAGGAAGACGGCAUCACCGUUCCGUCACGGGCGUCGUUUGAAUUCCCCGUCUCGCAGUUUAGAGCUCAUCCAGUGGAGGAGGAGGAGGAGGAGGAGGAGGGGGGGGAGGGGGGGGAAUACGAGGACACUUUCGGCGAGGAAUUCACACCAGAGGAACAGCUGGCUCUGGAAAGCUCGCAGGCAGAGACGCGAUAUCCCGUUCGUGCCACGCAGCAGCAGCAGCAGGGCGCUUUGAGCAGGUGGGCGCCGUGGAUUGUCAUUUUCUCCCUGUUCGGCGGGUUUGGAGCCUGGUGGCGACAGGAGAAGAUCGAGAUCGGAUUCUGCGGCAUUGGGAAGCCGACCUGGUCGCUUGCGGAGACCAAGGUUCCCGAAUGGGCCGGGGUCCUCGAGCCGAGCUGUGAGCCGUGCCCGGCCCAUGCGUUCUGUUACCCCAAUUUCGAGGCGGACUGUGAGCAUGAUUUCCUGCUGAAGCGGCAUCCGCUGUCCCUCGGGGGCUUGGUCCCCUUGCCGCCCACCUGCGAGCCUGACAGCGAAAAGGCCCGGCGGGUCAAGGCUGUGGCGGACAAGGCGGUCGAGGAGCUCCGUGACCGCCGCGCCAAGUUCGAGUGUGGCGGAUUGACCGGCGAGGAUGGCAUGGGGGCCAAGUCGCCGGAGAUCCUCGAGGCAGAGCUGAAAAAGGCGGUUGCUAGUAAGCGACGCCGGGGGAUGAGUGAUGUCGAAUUCGAUGAUCUCUGGAAGGGAGCUUUGGGGGAGAUUAUUGGUCGUGACGAAGUUGUUAGCCAGACACUACCAUCCGGCAUCGUCGGCCUCAGCUCCAGCUCUAUCGCACGACUCCCCCUCACCUGUGCCUUCCGGCGGCACCUCCGACUCUCUCUCCUCGCUUAUCGACUCCCUGUUUCAAUUAUAAUGCUGCUUGGCUGUGUGGGAGUGUAUGCUAGGUCCCGCAUCCUGGCGCGUCGGUCUGACCAGGCGCGCGUGCCUGACCUGGUGGCCACCACCCUUGACCGGCUGGCCACGCAGGCGGCUCUGCACGCGCGCGGGGGCGCCCAUGAGCCGUACAUCUCCAUUGGCCAGCUGCGGGACGACGUGCUGCGGUCAGAACUACACGGCCGCCGUCGUGAGGAGCUGUGGAAACGCGUCCGCACCGUCGUCGAGGGCAAUGCCAACGUCCGGGCUGCCGUGCGCGAGGGCCGUGGCGGCGACGUCGCCCGCGUCUGGGAAUGGAUCGGAGGCAUCGGCAGCGUUGGAGCUUGCACCGGUGGCAACCCAUGCUCCGAAUGCUCCCUCCAUGGCCGGGAAUGUAUCUUCAAUGAAUCAGGGGAUCGGCGACGAAAGCUCUCUGCCAAGCGAGUAGCCAGCGAGCUUGAAUGGUAUAUCCAAUUCGUGGACCAGCUCCUCAAGACCAUCCGUGAAGGCAACCAGACGACAGUUGAUCUAGUCGUCGACUCCAUCCGCUCGGGGACAUCGGUCGAGGAUCUGAAAACGCUGCUCAACAAUUAUCUGCCACAAUCGCGUGGCGGUCUCCAGAUGGGACCUGCGCCCGAACCGUCGGAUACGCCCCCAAUGCACAGCGACGCGUCGUCUCGAAAUCAGGAGGAUCACAGCUGA